AAACAGUAAACAAUAUGAGCCAUUCUGAAAACAGUAAAGAUGAAGAACCUCCUCAUGAGCGUAGUAAUUUGACAUCUCCUCCUCAGUAUGAAGAACCUCCUGCAGAUCCAGAAGUCUUACCUAUCUCUGAUCUUGAUCCUUUCAGGAAGAGGUGCAGAUAUACUCCUCUGUCACUAGUGAAUCCUGACCCUUUUAACACAACUAAUCAAGAUUAUAUAAUGAAGCAACACGAGUACAAUGCUGACGAAGACUGGGAUAUUGAAGACGUCGGACUCUGCGACAUCGACAUUUUGGAAGACACCCUGAUUGGCUACGGUAUUUACAAGAACCAGCCCAAGAUGCUUAUGUGCAUAACUUUGUUCAAUGAAGACCCUAAAAGACUCGUAGAAAGCUUGGCUGGAGUUUACAGAGCAUAUUAUGAAUUGUUGGAUCUUGACCCAACAUUCUUGAAUAGAGUUCAUGUGGUGAUUAUCACUGAUGGAUAUGAAACUCUUCUUGAAAACCCUCAGCAUCAGGAGGUAUACGACAAGGCCAACAUUCAUAGCAUUAAGAAACUAAACCCUAAGAAGUACACCAAAGCUACAAUGAAGCCUGGGCUUCAAGGGACUGAGUUUAAUUUGCAAAGCUUGUCUUUUAUCAAUACAGAAAAUAUGAUCAGUAGAAGGAUCGAGACUAGAGAAGAGAAAGACGAUCAAGAAGAGGAAGAUGAAGAAGAGAACAAAGAAGAGAAAAAGGAGAAUACAAAGGAUGAUGACGAAAAACAAGAAGUCAAGAUUGAGUUUAAAGAUAUUAAGGCUUACGGAGCGAAUAACAUUGGUCAUUGAUUCUCUAGAGUUAUGGACUUUAGUGAAUGGGAACAAGCUCUCUCGAAGCAACAGAGGAAUAAUUUCUUUAUCAAUGGAUAUGAUGUUUAUGACUUCUUGACUGGAGAUGAUUCUGUUGGAAAUGUCAAGACUAAGAAGUACAAGGAUUAUCCUCUCCCAAUACAUUUUGUUGUGAAGCAUCAGAAUCAAGGGAAGCUCGAAAGCUACAAGUGGUUCUACAACGGCUUUUGCAAAAUGAUGAAUCCCAAGUAUGCCCAGUUGAUCGAAGUAGGAGCUAUUCCGCAGUGGAACUCUAUCUCAAGGAUCAUUAUGCAUAUGGAGGCGUUUCAGAAUGUAGGAGGAGCGUGUGGGGAAAUUGAAGUUAAGCUGAUAGAAAAGAAAAGUGACGGAGUCCAAGCGGUGUCAUUUGUAGAGAGCUCAAUGAUGAGAGCACAGUAUGUGGAGUAUAAGGUCUCGCAUUAUAUGGACAAGGCUACAGAGUCUCUUUUUGGAUUUGUGACUAGUCUUCCAAGCGCGUUUUCGACGUUUAGGUGGGAGUGAAUCAAGGGAAGACCGAUUUCGCAGACUCUGAAAGGAGCAAGAGAUGAUUUUAGGGAUGUGAGGAAAAUUAUGUCGUGAUAUACUUCUAAUAAAUACUUGACUGAGGAUAGGAUAAUGGCAAUGGAAAUUGUUUGAAAAGAGAAUGAAAAUUAUCUCACCCAUUAUGUUCCAGGUGCUAAGUGUUUGGUAGAUUGCCCACUUUCUCUCACUGGUCUGAUCAAAGAAAGAAGAAGAAUUUUUAAUGGAUGGAUGUUCUCGUCUGUACAUUUGCUAAAGUCUACUUGUAGGGUCUGGAAAAGAAAAGGAUCAUCUUUUAUAAGAAACUGUUUCUUAAUGCUGCUAUACUUAUACAUGGCCAUUAUUUGGAUCUUGUUCUAUUGCAUGCUCGGGCUCUUUUACUCGGCUUUCAGUAUUUUUGUAAGAGAAGUUCUUCCAGACGAUAAGUGUCUCAGUGUCACAAUGGCAUCUAAUUUAUUAGAGAAUGUAUACCUAACCUUCUUGUUUAUAGUCCUAAUGCUUUCUACCUCAGUUCAGGUUCUCCAUGCUGAAGUCGGAUACCGUCUAUGUUCUUUCCUAAUGGGGCUAUUUUCAAUAGUUUUAAUAGUAUGAGCUGUAUUUUAUGCAACUAAGUCAGAUGGAAAUUUACUAGCCGUUUCUCUGAUAGGCUUCUUUAUUUUCUCGUUUAUCAUUCCUUUGAUAUUAAAUAUUAAAGAUCUCUACAUCUCGGACGUUGUCAAAGGAAUAAUAUAUGCGACUUACUUUCUACCAACCUAUGCUAACAUUUUCACUAUCUUCUCAAUGGCCAAUAUCCAUGAAGUAGCUUUUGAAACAGUCUCUGGAAGUUUAAAUAAAGAUAAAGAGAUUGCUACUAAGGUCAAAGAAGCAGCGGCUGAGAAAUACGAAGAUUAUCAGUAUUACAGAGCUAAGUUCCUAGUUGUUUGGCUUUGUGUCAACUUUGCAGUUGGAGGGGUAAUUACUUAUCUUGAUAGAGAAGACUUGCGUGUAUUCCCUUUCAUCCUGUGCUGCGUGCUCGCAGGAGUGAUCGUAUUUAAACUGGUGGUCUCAGGCAUGCACAGGGCUAUAUCAUGGGUGCAUUAUUGAUACGUAUCAUGUCACUUUAGGAAGAUCAGGAAAGGACAUAAAGGAGGGCUUCAUGAUGAAGUCAGGAAUAGGGCUUAUAGCGAAAGUGUGGAGUUUGAGUACAAGAAGUGUGUGUAUAAUAACGAUGACGAUGAGAUUGAUGAUGAAGAACCGAUUUUGAUAGCUCUGGAUGAUAUUAUGGAAAAAAUGAGGAAAAAUUUCAAACUUAAGAAUGAUAUGCAUCAAGCUAAUGAACUUCAAAAGAUGCUUACAAUCUCUAAAAAAGUUAGAGAAAGAGAAAUUAAAAAGAAAACAACAAUGUUUCAGGCAAGAACAAUGGCAAAGGCAAACCCUGAUGUGAUCUCUGCUUCUCACGAUCACUCUAACAUAUCGAAAGAUGUCUCGGCUGCUGACGAUCCAUUUGGUUUUGAAGAACCAGUGGAUGGAGCUCCAUCAUUUUCAAGUGAGACUUCCAGCCGUCAAGAGUCAGAAUCUGCUAAUUAAUUUCCCAUACAUCACACAAUAAUCAAAUUUCA